AUGCGGGAGUUCCUCACGCUACAGAAACGCGUUUUCCCCGUAUACUUCGCUUCGCAAGUCGGAUUGGUGGUUCUCACUGCCGCAACGCACCCGCCUUAUAGUAUUAUUUCGCUGAUGAAUGACCUUUGGAGCGCGGGGCCAUUACUUGUUGUUUUGGGGACGGGAGGGUUGAAUUGGGCGAUUUAUGGGCCUCGUACUACGACGACGUCGCUGGUCAGGAAGGCUGUUCAUGAUGCUAAGGAGAAGCAGCAGGGCGAUCAACUUGAUGAUGAGGGUAAGGUUCACCGCGCAAAUAAGGAAUUCUCAUUCAACCAUGCGAUGUCCAUUCAUCUCAAUGCGAUUUCGCUGGUCGCAACCAUUUGGUAUGGUUUUACGCUCUCGUCCUCUCUUCUCGAGGGACUUUAG